UGGGAAGCUCCUGGGAUGUCACCGACAUGCUCUGGGCCAUGCUUCGGAACAUUCCCACCACAACGACAAUUCAUUUCCACGUGGGUUCCGGAUGUUUGAGAGGAGAAAACGGCGGAUUACGGCUGGACCCUGAGCUGGGUAGCUAGCCUCACCUUGACACCUCGCUACUCUAAAGGUGGCGCCCGUUCAACCUGGUAUUAGGAGCUACAUGGGAGGUUUCGUGCACGUGGGGAGUGGUCCUUGCUCCACGCCGAGAUAAACUAUAACGGCGUGGAUGAAGAUAGUGUGGGAUCUUGAACACCCACACAGGAAAUCAUGGGAGCGUUUGACUUGCUCUGGCAAAAGGCGUGUUGCGUGGCUAUGUGGUAAACAGCGGUAGCGAAAUUCAAAGGGGAUUGACAGCUUGCAACGUGUGUGUUAACGAGCAAAGGCUUGUGCCUUCGAGGCGGGAAAAGUUGUCUUGAGAAUGUCACAAGUCACAAAACGCAUUCGUGUGCCCCCUAAUCGUCAUACCCGGUACUCAAGUUCCAUGACCCUCUUUGCCGUUGUUUCACAAGAUCAACGAACACUUUGUCAAAUUCGCAUUGUUGCCUCAUCAUUCAUCACAAAACACAGCCACCUGUUACCGGUACUCUAGCUAGUAACACAAUAACCGGUAGUAGACCAUGGGCAACCAAGACACCAGUGCAUCUACUGGCAAUGGAGGCAAUCCAGCUCCAAGAGAGGUCAAUUUCCCAGCUUUCACGUGGGAUUAUCGUGUGGUGAAUGGCUCUUGUGGCCUUGGUCUGGCUACCACUCGGAAGAUCAAAAAGGGAGAGCUUGUCUUUACGGAUUCCUAUGAGUUUCUCUUUGCCGAUGUUCGGGAAGGGGACGUUGUGCGCUUUGAUCGUUUUGAAAAGGCGAAUCGAAGAAGCCCAAAAGAUAUCCCAGCCUUCCUGCCCUUGACUCGAGAUGUCUUGACCCGUACUCAUGGAGUUCCAGCGUGGAAACCAGAUCCCGAAGGAGCUUGUGGUGGAAUUAUCUCGUGGCACCUAGAGACACCAGGCAUGCUCAUCAACCACAGCUGUGAUCCCAACAUUGUUGACGAUUCGCACAAUGAAAGCAGUGGAGAAGCUUACGCUGCCCGAGACAUUAGAAAGGGCGAAGAGCUUACCUAUGACUACACUUUCCAGUACUAUGAUCAUGGCCCCUUCUUUGAAAAGUGCUGUUGCGGCAGCGACAAGUGCCGUGGGCAAAUGAUGGGCUUUAAAGCAUUGACUGAAGAGCAGAAGAAAACAGCCUUACCUUACGUGAGUGAAGCCGUGAAAGCCAUGUACGAAGCAGAUACGGGAAAAGGACUCCCGGUCAAAAGACAACAAAAAACAUACCCUCCUCGAUCGGUUCCUGACGAUUCCAAGGCAUUGCGCUUGGUCGUACCCGGUCCCAGUCAUGCCAUGGCUCCGAUUCUGAUGAAAGUUGAGGAAGGGACGGGCCGUUUCGCCUUGUAUGCUGGUAAAGAUUUUAAAGAGGGAGAACAAGUCUAUGAGUUUUUUACCCAGGCAUGGCCAGAAAACGGUACCCGUUUGAUUGACAUUGUCUUCUCGCGAAAGUUGGAGGAAGGAGACCCAGAGGAAAACACCAUGGUCCGUGUAGAUGCCCUGGAAUUUGCGAAGCGCGAUCGUGAAGGUGUCUUGCAGUUUUCUGGCUUUGAUUUGUUCACGCGACACUCCUGUGAUCCCAACUUAGUCUACAACGACAAAGAUGAGGAUGAAGACGAUGACUGGCACGGUACCUAUGCUGCCCGUCCGAUCCAAAAGGGUGAACUCUUGACUGUGGAUUUUAAUACACUUCUCUGGGACCGUACCGAAUGGGAUGGUUUGGGUGAUGGCAUUUGCACUUGUGGUGCUUUGACCUGCCGUGGCUUGGUCAAGGGGUUCCACUUCUUGUCGGAAGAGGCAAAGGAAGAAUUGAAGUCGCUCUCGUGGAAACGGACUGCUCCGCCCCAUCCCGAGGGAUCCAAGAAGGAGCACCGUGUGAUUCCUGGGGAUGCGCUGACUCCUCAUGUCCGAGUUUCUUGGAGAGACUUCGUGAGCGGUGCUCCAGGGUCUCUGGCCACCAGUAGCUCUGAAGAAGAGGAGGAAAGCUAGGAUGAUGAGUUUGAUGAUGGAUGAGGUAGGAUGAUGAGUAGUUUGUAUGUAUGUUGUAGGUGCCGACACAGAAGUUGUAACUAUAUAGCAAAUGAGACUAGAUGGACC